UGGCGUUUCAGUAUGCGUGUUAUUAAAGUGAAUUUGAGGAAUAUCAGUUUAUGUUCAUGCCAAUGUAUAUGAUGAAUAAUGUAAACAUUGACCGAUUGUGGUUAUUGAAAAUAUUGAUCGCUGGUUUAAAUUGUACAAUAGGAGAAUUAUGUUGUGUGGCCACCUAACGGAUAUAAACCACUUUAAACCGAACUAUUGGUGGAUUACGAAUUUGACCAUAUUUAGUGAUAAGAUUUGUCGUGAUCAUUAUGGCAUUCAAGAGACGAUAUUUUAAAGUUUUAGUAUUUAUUUUAACUAUAUCGGUGCUAUUUCUGUGUACAAAAUGGAUGUUCUUAGCUUCUUCGUCGGUUUUAUUCAAACCCUGCAACAUCACGGAAUUAAAUCCUUGGGACGCUUCACUGAGGCCAUUUCUAACAAAACCGGGGCAACUUCCUUGUAACGAGAAGUACGAGCUGUUCUACUUUCGGUCGGACAUGCAGAUGUACAUGAACACGUCAUUCGCGGAAACACACGGUCUCGACCCAUUGACGUUGGAGUGCUGGUAUCGAGUGAUUCGGAGGUUAGAUGGUGAUAUGGAACUUCAAAUGCUCUCGCGUCAAAACUUGAUACUUCCGACUACAAUUCCCGGCCAUUUAUUCCGUGUCACGUGCAUUAAACAUAAUGCCAGCGAAACGGUGUACGAUAUGGCACAUUUUAACCCUUUCUUCAAUGAAUAUGCUAAAGCUUACGACAGUACAGAAGCAGAAAGUGCCUCUAAACCAAGUGUGGUUAUGUUCGGUAUAGAUUCAGUGUCAAGGUCGCAUGCGCUGAGAAACUUGCCAAAGUCAUAUGAAUAUUUACGUGACAAACUUCGUUGCCAAGAUUUAAUAGGGUACCGGAAAGUUGGAGAGAAUACUUUUCCAAACAUCGUGCCUCUUCUGACGGGGAAAAGUCACUCAAGCUUUCCACACGUAGAACACCUUAAGAUGCACGCUGACAACAUGCCGUUUAUCUGGAACGAGUCGCCAGUUAAAUCCAUGGCAACCUUUUUUGGAGAAGACCGACCAGAUAUAUCUUCUUUCAACUACGUUAAAAGUGGGUUUAAGAAAGUCCCAACGGAUUUCUACUUCCGACCGUACACGUUGGCUAUGAGUGAUUUCGAGGCGGUGUUUGGCAAAACUCUUGGUAAAUCUACGGCUGAUUGUUAUGGAAACAGAAACCAUUUCCAAAUUCAAAUGGAUUACUUAAAAGGAUUUUUACGGAAAUACAACGGUAAACGUAAAUUCGCUUUUAUGUGGUCAAAUCAGGUUGGACAUGAGAGCUUUUCGUCCGUAAGUAGAGGAGACGAACCCUUUCUAGAAUUCUUAAGGUGGAUGGUGAGCGAAACCGACAUGAGUAAUACUAUAUUCAUAGUGCUAAGUGACCACGGAUUUCGCAUAGGUGGUGCUUCUUUAACACACGUAGGGCGCGCUGAAAACAACAACCCGUGGAUAAUGAUUCACGUUCCAGACAGUGUAUCUAAAGUAUACCCCAAACUUCGCACCCAUCUUAGAGAAAAUUCAAAACGACUCGUUACCCAUUUUGACAUUUAUACGACGGUUUAUGACGUCAUAUACGGUCGUGCGUUUCAGGACCAAGAAAUGGUGCCAACUAAAAAAUAUCUCGUGAAACGUAACGUCUUUCAUCCAGUUCCGUUAGAUCGCACGUGCAUUGACGCAGGAGUGGAAGAUGCGUUUUGCACAUGCAAAGAUAAAGUUUUAGUAGAAACCAGUUCCCCAUUAGUGCAAUAUGUAGCCAAGGUUCUUGUUAAAUACAUGAACGAGAUGGUUUCAAAAAAGCUUAACAAGUGUUCGAACAUGGUGCUUGUAAAUGUUACGGAAGCUACGGUUGUGUAUUCGGAAAGGGACGACAGCAAUUUGAACAAAGAGUUGGGUCGGUCUUCAAGCUGGUUCAAUAAAUUGUUUCACUCAUCGCCCGAUAUAGACAGUGGAACAGGGCGCUAUAGUCUGUUCUUUUUCACCAACCCCGGUCCGGCCUUUUUUGAGGGGAUAGUGGACUAUAUGGCGUUCAAGGCCGGGAACCAAGAAGACAAAAUGACAGUUGUGGGGGACCCAGUUCGCCUCAACAGAUACGGAAACCAAUCCCAUUGUGUUGAUGGAGUAAAACUCAAACCAAUAUGUUACUGUUUAGAUAUGCUUUAAGUAAGAUGAAAGUACAUGUAACGUCCAAUACCUUCAGAUUAUCAGGGUGCUGUGCAAUUGAUCUCUACAUAAUUCCAUCUUGCAUUUAUUUAUUGUAGUUGAUUUGUAUUUUCACAACACUUUUACAACCAUUCAUUUAUUUGAAAAAAAUGUUUUAUUUAUUUAUAAUCAUUAUGAAUGAAAGAAAUAUUUUAAAGUGAAACUCAGAUUUCAUUUAUUCAAAAUCAAUGCAUACACAUAUAUAUAACAAACAUAAAUUUUAAGUGAUAAACUACAAUGCAGUUUAUGGAAAAUAUGAAUUACUGAUAACACAAUUGUAACCUUGUAUUUAAUAGCUGAAAAAGCAAAAACAUGAAAUGGUUAGUGAAUGCUAAAGAUUUACUGCGAUCUAUUAUUGUCUCACAAGGUAGCAAUACCGUUUUUUUCUGCACAUUUCUUUCAAAUGAAACUCUGUUUCCUUCAUGAGCACCGUUGUUUUCGACAUUUGUUCAUCAGUUUGGUAUACUAAAACAAUUGUAUUAAAUGUGUUAAAACUUA